ACAUUAUCAAUAAUAAUAUCUACCUCAAUCUAUUUUCAUUUUAAAUUUCCUUCUAUAUAUAUAAAUAUUAUCGAUUUUUAGCCGCGAUUCGUCGGAAAGGAGGGGAAAGUCGCGCGGAUUUCUACUGAUUUGCCGACGCCUUCAGAUUAUCCUUCAGUUGAAGUGGAUCGUUGGGGCUUACAUCUACUUAUGAUAUGUUAGGAUUGAUGGAGUUAUAAAGGAUCUCUUGAAGCUUACAAGAUAUAUCCUGAUUGUUUGAAGGAUUUUGUUAAACUUUGAAAACCAAUAUAGGCUUGGUAGUACUGAGCUAUGUGUGAUGAUGGGUUGUCCUUUGGGGAAAUGAUAAUGCCGAGUUUGUUCUCAUGAAAACUUUGGGCUUUGGUUUUGGUGGAACGGUUCCAUUUAUUUUCCAUGGGUGUGAACCUCUUGUCUGUUUCUGUGGUUUGUACCACUCUCAGUCUUGCUGGCCUCCUGUAUUGGACAGAAUUGUCCCUUGAAAGAUAUAAAUCAGAUGGCCUGAUUGUUGAUGAUUUUAUUAACUUGGAAGAUGCAAGCCGUGUCUUGGAGCUGCUUUUGGGUUCAUACACCACUUUUGUAUUGGUGGCCAGUUUUGCCCUUAAUGUAGUUGUCAUGAUAAUUUUAGGCCUGAAGACGAUAUUCUUUUCAGAGUUACAUUCACCUGAGAUUCGAAAAAUGCUUGAGCGGCUCAUUAAUUAUAUUAUCUACAAGGGAACUUUUCUUCCAUUAGUAGUCCCACCAACAGCAUUUCAAAUGGGCCUGUGGUCUCUUUGGCUCGGUGUGCUUUGUUUCUUGAAGAUGUUUCAAGCAUUGGCUAGAGAACGGCUAGAGCGAUUGAAUGCUUCUCCCUCUGCUACUCCAUGGACAUACUUCCGUGUAUAUUCUGCAUUGUUGCUUGUUUUCUCCGUUGAUGUCCUCUGGAUAUUGCUGUGUCUGACAGUAUACAAUACAGCUAGGUCAUCAAUGCUUUUGUUGUUAUUUUUUGAGCCUUUAAGCAUUGCUUUUGAGACAUUGCAGGCUAUUGUAGUCCAUGGGUUUCAGUUGCUUGAAAUUUGGUUGCAUCACUCUGCUGGUGACGCUAAAAAUUGUCGAUUGUCUAAAAUCUUUGAUUUAUCCCCUGCAGGUUCUUUAGGAGAGUGGAAAGGCAUCCUCAUCCGGAAUAUGGGUUUUUUCCUUGACAUGAUGACAAUGCUAAUGGCUCUAGCUCAUUAUUUGCAUAUUUGGUGGCUUCAUGGCAUGGCAUUUCAUCUUGUAGAUGCCGUCCUUUUCUUGAACAUCCGUGCCCUUUUAAGUGCAAUUGUGAAGCGUGCUAAAGGUUUCAUCAAACUGCGAAUAGCUUUAGGAACUCUUCAUGGAGCCCUUCCUAAUGCUACAUCUGAAGAGCUCCGAGCAUACGAUGAUGAGUGUGCAAUUUGUAGGGAACCAAUGGCAAAAGCUAAGAAGCUAUCUUGUAAACACCUCUUCCAUCUGGCAUGCUUGAGAUCUUGGUUGGACCAAGGCUUAAGUGAGAGUUACUCGUGCCCAACUUGCCGGAAGCCACUUUUUUCUGGCAGACCUGAGAAUGUAGGGAAUGCCAGAGCUGCAGAAAUUUCAAGAGAUGAGCAGCUUGCUCGUCAGAUGAGUACUGGACUUGAUAGGCCAAAUAUUCCUGGCCACAAUCCACACCCUGGAGAAUUUUCAAACCAGUCACAGAAUGCGGAAACUGGCGAUUGGAGAACUGGACUUGAUCCAAGUUGGCUGGGCUUGGAUGGAGCUGGACCUUCCGGAUUUGGUCGAGUUCAGAUGGUAAUGAGACAACUCGCAGCUGUAGGAGAAACUUAUGCUCAGACUGCUCUCGAAGAUGCAGCGUGGGGUCUAUUCCCUCCUAACCCCUCUCAAGCUGGGACAUCCAGGGCAGCCAUGCCCCCGCACGGUUCAAUGAGGCAAGCUCGAGACACUGGGGGUCUGCAUGUCAGGUCAACAUCACAUUCUGGAAAUGACAACAUAGCAAAUAUAAUCGCCAUGGCUGAAACAGUUCGGGAAGUUCUUCCCCACAUCCCUGAUGACAUAAUCUUCCAGGAUUUGCAGCGGACAAAUUCUGUGAUGGUCACUGUUAAUAAUCUUCUGCAAAUGUGACGGUUCCGGUGUUAAAGACCUUUCUCAUUUGAUGGCCAAAGGCAUGUCAGAGGGUUCGAAAUGCGAACAGGAACAGGUAUCGGGAGCAAUUUUGUUCCCAAUUCUCGCAAGCUUUACUAUAUAUAUAUAUAUAUAUUGUGUAUAUGUAUGUAUAUACAUGCAGCAUAAUUACUAAUAAUAAUGAUAAUAAUGGUGAUAAUUAAUAAAGAGACACUCCAUUUGGUAUAGGUUAGAUCCCGAAAAUUGGUGUGUGUAUUAUUGUUGUUAAUUAAGAAGGUCCUAAUCUAAGGUGUUGUGCAUGUUGUUGUAUUUAGCCUUAUCGUAGUAGUAGUAGUUGUACAUGUAGUGUCUUUGAUGAUGCCUCUCUUAUCUUUCCUGCUUAAUUGCAACUUCUACAUUACAUGAUUCGUAUUUACUAUUUAUCAUCCUCCCCGUGUAAAGCCCUAUUUCUAACACAUAUUAUUAA